GAUGGUUAUCAACUUGCAUUGGAACUUGAAAAAGCUUUGAAGAAAAGCCAUGAACUCGGAACUCCUCCUGACAUUGCUGCUUCUUUAAGAAGCUAUGAGACCUCUAGAAAACUACGGGUUGCCAUUAUUCAUGGAAUGGCUAGAAUGGCUGCAAUUAUGGCUUCAACUUACAAGGCUUAUCUGGGUGUAGGACUUGGUCCAUUAUCG